AUGGCGCCCGAGCCCAAAAUCGAGCAAACCGACAUGGAAAUGGCUGACGCGCCAAGUCUCUCCGCACCACUAAAGGUCACGCAUGAACGCGAAGACGACGACGAGAUCGAGCGAUCUGCCAAGCGAACCAAAACCGAGGAUGAAGAGAUGCCCGAUCUCCCACGACCAACUCAGAAUGGCGAUGCCUCUGGUGCCAAGGCCGAGGGCUCACAGAUCACACCAUUCGAAAGCAAGGAGAUUAUGAAGAUCUUGAAGAAUGGAGCCAGAACACAAUCGGGCAAGAAUUUCCGAGCUCCAGUGGCAAUAUUGUGGCCAGGCUUUGCUGAGUCGUAUGAUGCAAAGAUCCCGAACCAGAUCGAUCUCGCAUCAAUGGAGAAGAAGCUGAAAGAUGGACUCUACCUUACCGUUCAAGCUAUCAAAGACGAUGUUCAACUGCUUUACGACAAUGCUUUGGCGUUCAAUGGCCAGGGACACUCGAUUGAAGUAGCUGCCGCGGAGGUUCGAUCGGCUCUCUUAAGCAAGUUGGACAACCUUCCGUCCGAGCCAGUGGCGCUCCCCAAGAGGGAGAAAAAGUCAAAGAGAUCGACUCCUGUCCCCGAGGCUAGCCCUUCCGCUUCCGUAGGAGCUGGCCCACGUGUUGCACCUGCACGAAGACAAUCGAGAGGCGCUCAUACCGCUCCAGCACCUGCAGCUGCUCCAGUGGCUCCUACUUUUGCUCUUGAUCCUACCACAAGCACGCCUCUAAUUCGUCGAGACUCCACAAAAGUUGAGGGGGGUAGACCAAAGCGUGAGAUCCAUCCUCCGAAAAACAAGGACUUGCCAUAUACGGUUCGACCAAAGAGCAAGAAGCACGCCACCGAGCUCAGGUUCUGCAAGGAGUUGCUUGUCGAAGUUCAGAAGCCAAAGCACUACAGUAUCACCAACCCGUUCAUGAUCCCUGUCGACCCUGUUGCCCUCAACAUCCCAAACUACUUUACAGUCAUCAAGAGGCCAAUGGAUAUCUCGACUGUGGCUAAGAAGCUUGAUGAAGGCAACUACACCACCGCGCUUGAAUUCGAGAAGGAUUUUAGACUGAUUGUCUGGAAUUGCCUGAGAUUCAACCCCCCUGGAAAUCCAGUCCAUCUGAUGGGCAAGCAGUUGGAGGAGCUCUUUGAAUCUCAAUGGGUCAAAAAGGAUGAAUGGAUUGCGGAACACUCCCCUGCCCUUGCCAGUCCUGAACGCACACCAGAAUCUGAAGAUGAGGAGAGCGAGGAAGAGGUACCGGAAGGACUCUCGACAGCAGCAUCAGCGGCUCGGGUGCGACUCAUCGAAGAGCAAGGAAAAUUGAUCACGCUCAUGGGUGCCAAGAACAAGGAGCCACUUCUUAUUGAAAUGCAACAGAAGAUGGUAGAGGUUGUCCAAAAGCUUGUGAACGAUGAGGAGGCAGCACUCAAAACCAAGAAAGUCAAGAAACCCAAAGCCGCGCCGAAGGCUGUCAAGAAAGCCCCACCUCCAAAGAAGGCUGCCGCCCCAAAGAAAGGAGGUUCGCAGAAGCAGAGAUAUAUGGGAACUUUGGAGAAAGAAACCAUUUCAAACGGUCUUAUGUCACUUCCGGAUGACGUCUCAGGAACUGUUCUGGAUAUGAUCAAGGCAGAUCAGCCUGAUGUCGAUGUCGGUGAAGAUGGCACGCUCGAGCUUGACAUUGAUCUCAUUAGCACUCCUACCCUCUGGAAGAUCCAUGGCUUGAUCAUGCAAUAUGCUCCCGAGGUUGAAGCCACAAUCAAGAAGCAGAUGCGGGAGCGUGAAAGCCCUCGAGCUGUCGCCAAGCCAGCCCCAAAGAAGAAAAACAAGCCGAUGAGUAAGUCCGAGCAAGAAAGCAAAAUCCAGCAACUCCAAAAGACGGCUCUUGAGUUUGAGAGACAAAGUUCCGGCUCGCAAGAACCCGUUAUACCCAGUAUUUUCAUCCCCGCUGAUUGUUUAAUUUACAAAGACUAA